AUGCAAACCCAUCGAAAUGGCUCAUGGUUACAUAGGGAUGCAUAUAUGUUAGAGCCCAAGACAAAUCACAGGAUGGGAAAGGAGUAUGGGAUCAACAAAUUUCCCAGAGAAGAGGAGGGUGAGGGUAACGGGGAGUAUCUUUUGGGUUGUUAUGAGUGGAGGAGAGCCAUAACUCUUUAUAGGAGUUGUGUUCCGGACAGUAGGAAUUACAAAUUAGUGUUCAAAGAAAUUUUUGAGUUGAAUGCCACUGAAAAAGAAAGCAACCAAAGACGGGGAAAUGGAAGCAAAGGUCUUGCCCUAGAGAAUGAAUUGGCCAGCAUCAAGGUAACAAUGGCAGCAAUGCAAACAAAAGCUGAUGAGAAUCAAGCUCAGCUCAUAGGACUCCUUACAAAGAACAUCACUAAGGGAGAAGACGAGUCAAUGUACAAUGGACCCAAAAGCAAAUUGACAACAAAUGGUGGUCACAAUGACAAUGGGGUGAAACGAUUGGAAGGAAUACAUUGGAUGAAUUCUGUCAAUUGGUGA